CGUAGCUUUCGUUAUUUUGUGUACAUACAUAAAAAGGGAAAGGGGGGGGUGAAAGAAGAAAAAGUGUGAGGAAAUAUCUUUUUAUUCAGAGUAUUUAGGGAGGUUGGGGGGGGUGGAAGAGAGAGAUUCCUGAGGCCAUGGCAUCUCCAGUGAGGCACCCAGAAGAAGAGGAGGAGGAGGAUGAGGAGGACAUGGACGAACGCAGCGGCAGCGGUUUGCAGCUUUUCCCGCCAGCGGCAGCAGAGGAUGUGGAAGAGGAGGACGAAGAGCUUUCGGACAGCGAAGGCAUCAAAAAGAAAAAGAAGAAAUUCCUGAAAAAGCAAAAAGAAAAUAAACCAACUAAGUUUAAGAAGCGGAAGAAAUUGGAACAGCUCACCCCCACGCAGCCCUCUUCAGCCGUGAGGGCAGGAUGGUCUGAGCCACAGACCUUGCGACGACCACGGUCAGCCCCACUCCGUGACCGGCCUGUGGGAGGAGCGCCCGCACUGGCACGGACCCAAUCACAGGAAAGUGAAGAUGAAAUCACCUCCGAUCUGGAGGAGCUCAAGGAGAAAUCGGACAGUGGCGGCAGUGAUUUUGGCAAGAAAAAGAGAAAGAAACGAAAGGAGAAGAAAGAAAGGAAAAUCAAGCGCCGGAAGAAGGAGCAGGGUGAGGAGGAGGAAAGUCACAAGCCUGAACCGAAGUCUUCUGCCCGCCUCCUGGAGGAUUGGGGACUGGAAGAUGUUGACCAUGUUUUCACUGAAGAUGACUAUCGCACUUUAACUAACUACAAGGCUUUCAGCCAGUUUAUGAGGCCACUCAUUGCCAAGAAGAACCCAAAGAUUCCAAUGUCCAAGAUGAUGACAAUCCUUGGUGCCAAGUGGCGAGAGUUCAGUGCCAACAGUCCGUUUAAGGGGUCAGCCGCUGCGGUGGCAGCGGCUGCUGCAGCAGCAGCAGUUGCAGCUGUGGUGGAACAAGUGUCUACUGCUGGUGCCUCAUCAGGGAGCCUUCCUGUGCCACCAGUACUCCCUAUCCGCAAAGCCAAGACCAAAGAGGGCAAAGGUCCUGGCGCAAAGAAACGGAGCAAGAGUCCGAGGGUCCCAGAUGAAAAGAAGAAAAAGAGGAAGAAGAUGAUUCCUUUGAAAAUUAAGCUGGGUAUAAUGGGGCCAAAGAGGAAGAAGAGCUCCUCGAGUGAUGAGGCAGACUUGGAUGCAGAGUCAGAUUUUGAUGAUGCCAGUGUGCACAGUUCAUCAAUUCGAUCUGACAGCUCUGUUGCACCCCUGAAAAAAGCAAAGUUGAAAGCUAAGGUUGGCCGUAAGAAGAGGAAGGUUGCUGGUGAAGAAGAGGCAGACGGGUAUGAGACUGAUCACCAGGAUUACUGCGAGGUCUGUCAGCAGGGAGGAGAGAUCAUCCUGUGUGACACCUGUCCUAGAGCCUACCACUUGGUUUGCCUAGAUCCAGAGCUGGACAAAGCCCCAGAAGGGAAGUGGAGUUGUCCACACUGUGAAAAAGAAGGUAUUCAAUGGGAGGCAAAGGAUGAGGAGGAAGAAGAGGAAGAUGAAGAAGAGGAAGUGGAGUUAGGAGGCGAGCGGGAGGAAGAAGACGAUCAUAUGGAGUACUGCAGAGUCUGUAAAGAUGGUGGGGAGCUGCUGUGCUGUGACGCCUGUCCGUCAUCCUACCAUAUUCACUGUCUCAAUCCGCCACUUCCAGAAAUCCCCAAUGGCGAAUGGCUGUGUCCCCGCUGUACAUGUCCUCCCUUGAAAGGCAGAGUCCAGAAGAUUCUUCAUUGGAAGUGGGGUGAAUUGCCAAUACCAGUCCCUGUACCCAGACCACCUGAUGCCACUCCUGAGGAUUCCCCUCCGAAACCACUGCAUGGGCGCCCUGAGCGGGAGUUUUUCGUUAAGUGGGCUGGCUUGUCGUAUUGGCACUGCUCCUGGGUCACUGAGCUGCAGCUGGAGAUUUAUCAUUCAGUGAUGUUUCGGAACUACCAACGAAAGACUGACAUGGACGAGCCACCUCCGUUUGAUUACUGCUCUGGGGAUGAUGACAGCAAGAGUGAGAAGAGGAAAGCCCAGGAUCCUCAAUAUGCUGCAAUGGAGGAGAAGUUUUACCGCUAUGGGAUAAAGCCUGAGUGGAUGACCAUUCAUCGUAUCCUGCAGCACAGUAUCGACAGGAAGGGAAACUACCACUACUUGGUGAAGUGGAGAGAUCUGUCAUAUGACCAGGCCACCUGGGAGAAGGAUGAACUGGAAAUCCCGGAUUACGACGCACUCAAAGUUGCAUACUGGAAUCACAGGGAGAUGAUCAUUGGGGAGGAACCCACCAGGCCCAAGAAAACAAAGAAGUUCAAGAAAAUAAAGGAGUUCUUGGCAGACAAGCCUCCUGGCUCGCCUGUAACAGAACCAACAAUUAAAUAUGAAGUCCAGCCAGACUUCAUCACAGUCACAGGUGGAACUUUGCACAUGUACCAGCUGGAGGGACUAAACUGGCUGCGCUUUUCCUGGGCGCAGGGCACGGACACUAUCCUCGCUGAUGAGAUGGGACUGGGAAAGACCAUACAGACCAUUGUCUUCUUGUAUUCUCUAUACAAAGAGGGACAUUCGAGUGGCCCCUUCCUGGUCAGUGCUCCUCUGUCUACCAUCAUAAACUGGGAGCGUGAGUUUGAGAUGUGGGCUCCAGAUUUCUAUGUGGUGACAUACACUGGAGACAAAGACAGCCGUGCUGUCAUUCGGGAAAAUGAGUUUUGUUUUGAUGACAAUGCAGUCAAAGUCAGCAAGCGAGCUGUCAAAAUCAGGAGUCAGGCACAAGUGAAGUUUCAUGUUUUAUUGACCUCCUAUGAGCUGGUUACCAUUGACCAGGCAGCUCUGAGCUCCAUUAAAUGGGCCUGUCUAGUGGUAGAUGAAGCACACAGACUGAAGAACAACCAAUCCAAGUUUUUCAGAGUAUUGAACGCUUAUAAGAUUGACUGGAAGUUGUUGCUGACAGGAACACCACUUCAAAAUAACCUAGAAGAACUCUUCCAUUUGCUCAACUUUCUCACACCUGACCGUUUCAAUAACCUAGAGGGUUUCCUUGAAGAAUUUGCUGACAUCUCAAAAGAAGACCAGAUCAAGAAGCUCCACGAUCUCCUUGGUCCCCACAUGCUUCGACGCCUUAAAACUGAUGUUUUCAAGAAUAUGCCAUCCAAGACAGAACUGAUUGUGCGUGUGGAGUUGAGUGCGAUGCAGAAAAAGUACUAUAAAUUUAUUCUGACAAGAAACUUUGAUGCGCUGAACUCGAAAGGUGGUGGAAAUCAGGUGUCAUUGCUGAAUAUUAUGAUGGAUCUGAAGAAAUGUUGUAACCAUCCUUAUCUCUUUCCUGUGGCUGCCAUGGAGUCUGCAAAGUUGCCAAAUGGUGCGUAUGAAGGCAGUGGGCUGAUCAAAUCAUCAGGGAAGUUAACACUCCUCCAGAAGAUGCUGAAGAAACUGAAAGCCCAGGGCCACAGGGUGCUGAUAUUUUCUCAGAUGACUAAAAUGUUGGAUUUAUUGGAAGACUUCAUGGACUAUGAGGGCUACAAGUAUGAAAGGAUUGAUGGAAGUGUCACUGGUGCAAUGAGGCAGGAAGCUAUCGACCGAUUCAAUGCUCCAGGAGCUCUGCAGUUUUGCUUCCUGUUGUCAACUAGAGCUGGGGGGCUUGGAAUUAACUUAGCCACAGCUGACACAGUUAUCAUCUUUGAUUCAGACUGGAACCCCCACAAUGACAUCCAGGCCUUUAGCAGAGCUCACCGCAUUGGUCAGGCAAACAAAGUGAUGAUCUACCGCUUUGUCACUCGUGCCUCUGUAGAGGAGCGAAUCACACAAGUGGCUAAACGUAAAAUGAUGCUGACUCACCUGGUGGUUCGGCCUGGCCUGGGCUCCAAGACUGGUAGCAUGACCAAGCAGGAGUUGGAUGAUAUCCUCAAGUUUGGCACUGAAGAACUCUUCAAAGGUGAUACUGAAGGUGAUAAUAAGGAUGAAGACAGCAGUGUUAUCCACUAUGAUGGGGCUGCUAUAGAUCGACUGCUAGAUAGGAACCAGGAUGCAACAGAUGACACAGAUAUACAAAGUAUGAAUGAAUACCUCACCUCCUUCAAAGUGGCUCAGUAUGUUGUCCGGGAGGAGGACAAGGAAGAGGAGAUCGAAAGGGAGAUCAUCAAGCAAGAAGAGAAUGUGGAUCCUGACUACUGGGAAAAGCUGCUGCGACAUCACUAUGAGCAGCAGCAGGAGGAUCUGGCAAGGAAUCUGGGCAAAGGCAAACGAGUCCGCAAGCAGGUCAACUACAAUGACGCUGCCCAGGAAGAUCAAGAAUGGCAGGAUGAUGUAUCGGACAACCAAUCAGAAUAUUCGGUUGGUUCAGAGGAAGAAGAUGAAGACUUUGAUGAAAGACCAGAAGGUCGUCGUCAAUCCAAGCGUCAACUCCGUGGUGAGAAGGACAAACCACUUCCACCUUUGCUGGCGCGAGUUGGUGGAAACAUUGAGGUUUUGGGAUUUAACACUCGGCAGAGGAAAGCUUUCCUCAAUGCGGUAAUGAGGUGGGGCAUGCCUCCUCAGGAUGCUUUCAACUCCCAGUGGCUGGUCAGGGAUCUGCGAGGCAAGAGUGAGAAGGAGUUCAAGGCUUAUGUAUCCCUCUUCAUGAGACAUUUGUGUGAGCCUGGGGCUGAUGGUGCAGAGACAUUUGCAGAUGGCGUGCCUCGAGAGGGUCUCUCUCGGCAGCAAGUCCUGACCAGGAUAGGAGUCAUGUCUCUGGUGAAGAAGAAGGUCCAGGAAUUUGAACACAUCAAUGGGAAAUGGAGCAUGCCAGAGCUUAUCCCAGAGGUCACUGCCGAUUCGAAGAAAUCAUCCAGAGCCUCAUCUCCUGUAGUGAAGACAGCAACAACAACACCAGAGCCCAGCUGUAGCAACACCCCCUGCACUUCAAAGCCAGCAACUCCUGCCCCAAGUGAUAAAUUGGAAGGAAUUGGAAAUCCUGCUGAAAAAGAGGUGACAGAUUCCAAGGAGGAAGAGGCAAAUGGUGGCGAGAAAAUGGAACUGGAGAUUCCCAGUACAGAGGAAGAUCCUGUGACUAUUGAAAAGGCUGAGACCCAGCACCAGCCACCGGUUAGUGAAGAUGUUAAAGACCUGCCAGAAGAGGAGAAGCAGAGUGAUGGAGUAGAAGGACAGGAUGCAGUGACCAAAGAUGAGAAACAAGAGACUGAAAGGAGUGGCAGGGAACCAACAGUCGAAAAAACCGAUUUGACCUUGGAAAUGAAAGAAAAGGUUGAGCCAGAGACUGCUGUUAUUAAAGAGGAGACUAAAACAGAGAAGGAUUUACGAUCUAUUAAUAUUAAAGAUGAAAGCAAGAACAAUGGGAAGAGGGAGGAGGACAGGACAGAGAAGUGCAAGUUCAUGUUUAAUAUCGCCGAUGGAGGCUUCACAGAACUGCAUACACUGUGGCAGAAUGAGGAACGGGCUGCAAUAUCCUCUGGGAAGGUAUCUGAAAUUUGGCACCGACGACAUGACUUCUGGCUGCUGUCUGGGAUUGUUGUGUAUGGAUAUGCACGAUGGCAGGACAUUCAGAAUGAUGCCCGGUUUGCCAUUAUCAACGAACCCUUCAAGUUGGAAGUGAACAAAGGAAACUUUUUGGAGAUGAAGAACAAGUUUCUUGCUCGAAGGUUUAAGCUUCUGGAGCAAGCAUUGGUGAUUGAAGAGCAGCUGCGGAGGGCAGCCUACUUGAACAUGACACAAGAUGCCACUCACCCAGCCAUGGCACUCAAUACCCGCUUUGCAGAGGUGGAAUGCCUGGCUGAGAGCCACCAGCAUCUCUCUAAAGAGUCGCUAGCUGGGAACAAGCCUGCCAAUGCUGUCCUGCACAAAGUUUUGAACCAACUGGAGGAACUAUUGAGUGACAUGAAGGCAGAUGUAACCCGACUCCCAUCUACAUUGUCACGGGUACCACCAAUAGCUGCUCGUCUCCAGAUGUCAGAGCGCAGCAUUCUCAGCCGACUAGCCAAUAAGGGAAGCGAGGCUGCAAAUACACCAGCUUUCCCACCAGGCCCAUAUACAACAUCUCAAGCAUAUGGUGGCUCUUUUGGGCCACCUGUUCCUGUCAGCACACCUGGAGGCCCAUUGAAUUUCAGUCAGGUGCCAGGUGGCUCCUUUGUAACAGAGUGUGAUUUCACCUGGGGACAGCCAGGGAGAUGUGGAAAAGAUGUGGAAAAUGCCUCCAAAGCUGCACUGAAAGGAAACAUCCAACGGUCCUUCUGUCUUAGAGAAAAAGGAAAGCAGCAAGGACGGAGUGAAUUUGGAAAAGAAAGAAAAGACCGGGGAAAUAAUAUGCAUAGAUGACUGACCCCUCCAACCCCAUUCUUGCUUGUCCCUGCCCUCCAUACUGGUUAUGUUUAUAUUUUGUUUUGAGAGGAAACCCAGGCUGAUGUGGUUGUUUGUGUGUUUAAUGCCCCAGAAGGUGUGUGUGUGAAUGGGAGGGUUUAUAACUUAAGAUCUCUUCAACACUCCAAUUGCUCACCCCUCAACCUCCCAGAGGAUGCCAUGGUUUGGAUUCUGAAAUUGGUGGGAACAUCACUUGUGUUGAUGUGCAUUGGUGAUCUUGGCUCACAGUAGUUUUAGAUAUUGAUGCAAGGCAUCACCCUUUUUUAUUUUCUACUCUUCCUCUCCCUCUCUAUUGUCAUUUAGGAAUUCUGAGAGUGGAUGAGCAGGCAAGACUUUAGCUCCAAGUGUCGCCCCUAAUGCUGGAAGACAUGUUAUUUGAGCACAGUAGCAAUCAUGCUCCUGCCUCAAUUUAUUAAUGAGGACAUGUUUAGGCUUUGAGGCUCAACUGAGUUACCGCAAAAACAACAAAUUGAAAUUAACUCUUAUAAUUCGGCUCCAAUAACUAGGACCUGCAGCAGAAAUAUCACCCAGUAAAAUAUUAAGUGAGAGUUCAGAAAUUGUGUGGUGGAAUUGUGGCCCUGCAAAUGAUUUACUGGGCUCUGCAGCACUCGAAAGCCUCCUUGAGACAUGUUGUAGGUCGUGUGUUUGAUGUGAGAAAAGAGGGACUGGGUCAUUCUUGUGACAUUGUAUGAUACAGUAGCUUUUAAAAGGUGUUGCACCUCUUGAUCCUUGUGGGCUGACACCUUAUCACUACCAAAACAACCCAUUUUCAUCAGAUACUAAAGAGCUGUAUUGUGUAAUUGUAUGGUUUGAUUUCAUUCCUAGAUCUCCGCAGGCACACGUUUCCAAAAUAGUCUUUCCAGUUUGAUUGCUCUAUGGUAGACAUUUUGGAAGCAAGGCACCAAACCACCUGCAGUCCCAAUGUGUAGCUAAGUGUUAAUUUAUUUAUUUGCUCCCCUGAAAGGAGUGUCCGUAGAGCUGCUUAGAGGAAGGGUGGGUUCUGGGUAUUAAAAAGAGCCUAGCUACUGGGAAAUUGGCAUACUGCUAAAUUUUCUUCCCCGUUGCCCGAAUGUUUUGUUCAUACAUCAAGUGUUCUAUAUUGUUUUCUCUUAAAUAUUUUGAAAAUAACCUGGAGAAAUUGGAGUUUAAAAUGGAGAACACUUCGAAUGCACAAAAGGGAAGUCAGCAUUGUGAAAGGAGGAAUUAUAACAUUUUCCAGUAAAGUUUUCAUUGCAGUGAACCUGGCCAAGUUAUUGAGCUCUACUUGCUCUUUCCCAUACUGACUGACUUUAAUGCUUAACAUACUCUUUUGAACAUAAAAAGCAGCAUAGAAUUUUUUUUUUGCUGAAAUCUCUGCAGCCUCUUCUUGUAAUCUGUCCCUUGCUAUGAACUGUGUCUCAUCUCAGCUUUGCACAGUGAGGAGGUUGGAGUAGAUGUGCUCAGGAAUAAGGGGUAAAUGUGUUUGAAAGGAACAAAAAUGCCCAGCUCUUAAGUGAACCAUCCUGCUUUUCCUGUAUCCCUUGUGCAGAUCAAGCAGAAGCACAAAUUUAUUUAUCACGUCAAAAGUGCAUCCCAGUACUUUAUAAAAAGGAAAUACCUUCAUGCUUAAAUAGGAUACGACUUCUCUGACCCCCGCCCCCCCCAAAAAAAAUUACUGCCCCUUUGGGAUAGGUGGAUGUACUCAUUGUUCAUGUUUCCUGCUCUCUGCUUGGCUUUUAGAGUGUAAGCCUGUCUCCAUCCCUGGUAUGUGACAUUGCUACAUGGCAGGACAUUUUUCCAGCACUCCAUCCCUGAGCUUAUGGUCCCUUCCAGUUGGUUAGCUGAUUCAUAUGUUGUGGGAUAAGGGAUGAUGGGAAUGGGGGAUCGGAAGAGAUGUUUACCCCAACAGAAGUGGAGAAGCUUUAGGGUGGGAGAAGCACAAACUGAUGUACCAUCUGCUUUGAGCAGGGAUCUUAUGUUCAUUGAGCCUCAGGCUCUGUAACUGUGAAAAUCUGUGAUAUGACAUCCCAUCCCACCUCAACCAGCUCAGCGCCAGUGGCAAGCAGGUGUAGGGGCAAAAACCGCUUCAGAAAGGAAAUUUAAAUGUAUACUUUAAAUUAUGUCUGCGUAAUAAUCUGUUGCAGCUGACAUCUAUUAUUACUUAAUAUCCUUUGUUUUAAAAGAAUAUUUUGAAGAAUUUUUCAUUAAAGUUUUUUUGUUACAUGUUUGAUAUUGCCACUGUUGUAUGUUCCUGAAUUGUCAGUAGCCAUGUGGUCCUUGCAUUGAUCAGGUAUGUGCUUUAUUCCCCUCCACCCCAUUGGCCAGUGAGUUGCAUAGGGCUCAAAGGGUAAAACUGUAGGCAAGACAUAGCAUGCAGUUAAUAGAUAUCUGUCUCCAUCUUGGACUACCUCCAAACAUUUGGUUACUUAUGAUAGCAAAAUGGGUGGCAAUUCUUUUGUACAUAACAAGAUGACACUCCAGAGACUCCUGAACAACAUUGCUGAAGGGGAUGGAGUUACGGAAUGUUGCUGUGCCAGAGGUGCCAUUUUUUUUUUGAUGAAAUUAAACCAUUUGCCCCUUAAGUGGAUAUAAAAGGUGUCAUGGUAACUCUUUCUUUCAAAGCAGAACAAGGGAGCUCUCCCUGGAGAGACUGGAAAGUGUUUGAAAGUAUCCUGUGUUAUGAUACCUGGUAUGAAAAUAAAUAUGCUUUCUUUACAGUU